AUGGAUAGGCUUCUAUCGUCUUCUUCACCCCCUUCUCUCAAAACCCUCAAACCUUUCCCUUUCUUCCAUCGACCUUUCCAAUAUGCAUCAAGUUUCAAUCUUUCUCCCUCUACCCGUUCUUUCUUCACACCAAUUUCAUGCAACCGCCAAAAUCCAUCUCCAUUAUCAUCCUCGUCUUCCUUACAACCCAAUCACUUCCCAACCCUUUCUUCAUCUUCUUCUGAUAAUUCUCUCACUCACAUCGCAAUUGGAGCUUUCCAGAAACCAAAGGCAACAACAGCUCGGACUCUUGUAAUUCUCUCUGCUGUUUUAGCGAUCUUAAUUCAACCUGCUAUUGUACCAGCAGCCCUUGCAACGUUUCAGACGGCUGCCGGAGGUCCUGCUACUGCUGCAGUUGGGGGAAAAUUAAUCCGCACUGAGCUUUUAAGUAGUGCUUGGACUGGUUUUUUCGCUGGCUGCUUGCACACUUUAUCAGGGCCGGACCACCUUGCUGCUUUGGCUCCUUUAUCUAUUGGUCGCACUAGAUUGGAGAGUGCUGCAGUAGGAGCCCUUUGGGGUUGUGGUCAUGAUGCUGGUCAACUUAUCUUUGGCUUAAUAUUUUUAAUAUUGAAGGAUCGACUUCACAUUGAAAUCAUCCGAACUUGGGGCACGAGAGUGGUUGGUUUAACCCUGCUAGUAAUUGGUGCUAUGGGAAUUAAAGAAGCUUCAGAAGCAGCUGCCCCGUGUGUUGCCUUAGAAAACGGAGAAUGUGAUGUGGGCGUCUAUGAAUCACUUAAUAAUCCAUCACCACGAAAGAAGAAGAUUGGUUUUGCUACAUUUGCGACAGGAAUAGUUCAUGGACUGCAACCAGAUGCAUUGAUGAUGGUCUUGCCUGCCCUUGCUUUGCCUUCUCGUUUGGCCGGUGCUGCAUUUCUAUCGAUGUUCUUAGUAGGAACUGUAGUUGCUAUGGGAGGUUAUACAGUGUUUAUAGGUUCAUGUAGCCAGGCACUAAAGGAUAGAGUACCUAGAAUAACAGAGAAGCUGACUUGGGCUUCUUCCCUUAUCGCAAUAGCCCUCGGAUUUGCCAUCAUUAUUAGCCAGUUUUUUGGGUUUACACUCUACUAA